AUGGCUCUCCUCGACGCUGCCGCGCCGCCGGCGGGGGGCCCGACACUAUUCGGCAUGUCCAUGAAGCAGGUUUCCCUGAUCACGAGCCUUGUGCGACCGCGCCUUCUGGUGACGCAGAGUACUGACAAUGGCCUUGGUUCUUUUGCAGCUGACCUUCCAAAACUCGGCGCUGAUUCUGGUAUGCAUCUCCCCCGUCGCUGCCUUCCCUUUCGCAACAUGACGCUGACUAGGCCAUGGCAGAUCAUGCACUACUCCCGCAUCAUGCCUCCCGUGGGCGACCACCGAUACUUCACGUCAACCGCCGUCUUCCUCAACGAGGUCAUCAAGUUGUCCAUCUGCUUGACUUGCUCCAUCGCUGAGGUCUCGCGGACACUGGCCCCUUCGACGCCGGCUACUGUCAUCUUCGAACAGAUCUUCAAUUCUGUCUUCUCCGGCGACGGCUGGAAGCUUGCGAUCCCCGCUACACUAUACACUCUGCAGAACACCCUGCAGUAUGUCGCCGUCGGCAACCUGGACGCGGUGCACUUUCAGGUGCUUUACCAGCUCAAGAUCCUCACGACAGCCGUCUUCUCUGUCACAAUGCUACGCCGCGCGCUCGGCAUGAAGCGUUGGAUCUCGCUCUUCAUCUUGACCCUAGGAGUCUCCAUUGUGUCGCUUCCCCAACCUUCUGCAAACCAUGCCGGUUCUUCCUCCGCCAGCAUCCUUCUGCACGAUACCACGGAUCAUUUCUUCCCUCGUUCGGUACACGAGCUGGGUCAAGCUGCCGAGGGCGCCGCUGAGGUGGCUCGUGAACUCACCAAGCGCGCUGCGGACGGCCUUGCAGGCGUCGGCGGUGAAAUCGUGAAGCGAUCGGCCUCGUACCAAGGUAUUCAGGAGGACCAGGACCCGUCACCGCUCAUGAACUACUCUAUUGGGUUGUCCGCCGUGCUCGUCGCCGCUGUCGCCUCGGGCCUUGCGGGUGUUUACUUCGAGAAGAUGCUCAAGGACUCGGCCACCCCUGCUUCCGUCUGGACGCGCAAUAUCCAGCUGUCGUUCUACUCCCUGUUCCCCGCCCUUGCUGGCGUCAUCUUCAUCGACGGCGAGGACAUUGCCAAGCACGGGUUCUUCGAGGGUUAUAACUGGGUGGUCUGGACUGCAAUUGUUUUCCAGGCCGUCGGCGGCGUCCUCGCCUCGCUGUGCAUCAAUUAUGCCGACAACAUUGCCAAGAACUUCGCAGCCAGUAUCAGUAUUGUUAUUAGCUUUUUGUUUAGCGUGUGGUUCUUCAAUUUCGAAGUCAACUUCACUUUCAUCAUUGGCACCGCACUGGUCUUGGCCUCAACCUACCUCUACAGCAUCCCUGAUCGCAAGGGCCGCCCGCCACCGAUCACCAUUGCGAGCUAUGAGAAGGCCAUGGUCGACCCUGCCUACACGCCAGCGGUCACGGACGAGACCAAGCUUAACCUGGACCCGCUCGACGCGGUUCGCGGCAUGGGACUGUCGACGUCUAGACCAUCGUCGCCCAUGUUGCACCAUCACCGCGCUCCUUCAGCUAGGGGCAAGAACCGCGACGACUAG